CCGCGCGUCGCGGCGAGGCCGCGGCCGACAGGUGAAGCUCUUAAAGGGGCCGCGGCCCCGCUCGGCCCCGCGGCGGCGGCGGCGGCUCGACAACCUCCGGCCGCUCCUUCCGCGGGGCCGCCGCCACCUCCCGGAGUGCGGGGCCAUGCGGUGGCCGCACCCUGCGGCGGGGGCCCGCGGGGCUGCAGCAUGAGCGGUCCUUGCCUGGGGCUGCGCAGGGCCGGGGUUCUGCUGUCGCUGGGAGCCGCCGCGCUCCUGCUGCUGCUGCUGCCGCGGGGGCCGCGCCCCGCCGCGCCCCGCCCGCCGUGCCCCGCCGGGCCCAGCGCGGCCCCGCCGCACCGCGCGGGCCCCGCCGGCUCUGCUGGAGCGCCGGGCGGCGGGCCCGGGGCCGGCGGGCUCGCGGGGAGCUCGCAGCUUGCGCGGAGGGGCCGCCUCGGGACUGCCGGCAGCGCGGCCAGGGAGAGCCUGGAGCUGAAGGACAUCUUCAUUGCCGUGAAGACCACGAGGAAAUACCAUAGGAGCCGACUGGACUUGCUCCUCCAAACCUGGAUCUCCCAGGCGAGAGGACAGACAUUUAUAUUCACGGACUGGGAGGAUCGGGAGCUACGCCUGAAAGCAGGGGAUCAUAUGAUCAACACCAACUGUUCUGCUGUCCAUACCCGACAAGCUCUCUGCUGCAAGAUGUCUGUGGAAUAUGAUAAAUUCCUGGAAUCUGGGCAAAAAUGGUUUUGCCAUGUGGAUGAUGACAACUAUGUGAACCCUCGGACUCUUCUGCAUCUCCUGUCUGCCUUCUCACACAGCCAGGACGUGUAUGUGGGGCGACCGAGCCUGGACCAUCCCAUCGAAGCAGCUGACCAUGUCCAAAGUGAUGGAUCAAAGACAACGGUGAAAUUCUGGUUUGCCACAGGCGGAGCUGGGUUCUGUAUCAGCCGAGGUCUUGCCCUGAAGAUGAGUCCCUGGGCCAGCCUGGGCAAUUUCAUUAGUACUGCAGAAAGAGUACGUCUUCCUGACGACUGCACCAUUGGCUACAUCAUCGAAGGGCUGCUGGAGGUAAAGCUGCUGCACAGCCCAUUGUUCCACUCCCACCUGGAAAAUCUGCAGAGACUGCAAGGGGAGUCUGUGCUGCAGCAGGUAACCCUGAGUUACGGUGACCCUGAGAACAAACACAAUGUUGUUAGCGUGGGAGGAGUGUUUGGCCUUCAGCAAGAUCCAACUAGAUUUAAAUCUGUCCAUUGUCUGCUUUACCCUGACACUAUCUGGUGCCCUGCUAAGAAGAUGUCAUAAUUCUUGAUGAGCCACUGACACCUGUGUCUUAGCUAGUUUGCAUAAGGCAGGAGUUGCGGGGUUUUUUGGUGGUUUUAUUCUUCUUCUGGGAGACAGCCAGGGGUAUCUACAAAGGAGGUAGACAGACUCUGUUUAGAAAAGCAAUAAGGUAUGGUUUGUUCAGCUGCAGCCUGGGACAUUCCAAGAAGAAUCUUUGUUCUUUUGUCUAGUGGCUCUUCAUAAGAUGACCACAGUCCUGUGUGUAUGAGUCACUUUAUACUUUCAUUUGAUGUCAUGUGAACCUGUGCUUGGGCACAUCUGAGGCAAAUGCAGUACUGGGAGUGACAGUGUUUUUACUACCCUUAGGGGUUAUUAGAAGCCACUGUGUUGAAGCUGGAGUGCUAGAGCAGACUGUAGUCCCCAUGGUGACAAGAGAGGGGAAGUUUUCACUCAUCUUUCUUGGGAGCAGAAUUAUUUAAGAGCUUCUGUGGCCUGACAGAUUAAAACUGCAGCUGGCUAGAAUACAGAAAUCCUGGAAUCACUAGGGUAAACAAGGCUGAAAGCCUUUGUCAUGAGAAAACCCUGUGUGAGGGUAAGCUUACUCAAGACUAGAUGAGUUGCUUACAAUGUACAUUCUCCCCUGUCAUCCAUGUGUACCUCCUGUGGAGGUAAUUGUCAGACCUGGCUCGCAUGCCAACUGAAUUGCAAUGGUUGAUGAUUAUGAUCUAUUCCCUUGAUAUUUGAUAUUGAAAAAAUAUUUGCCUGACAAGAUGGUAAUUGUUCCUCCCACUUGGCUGGUAGUUGGUCACAUGAGCUGGGGAAGCUUGUGCUGGCAAAACACGCCCUGUUUCUGAAGCAGUGUGCGAGGGGAGAAAUGAUAGAUAGCUGCAAUGCACCAAGGAGAGUUUUGAUGGUAUCAUUUGAGGACUUUUAAUUGUAUGACCAUGGUUACUCCAGCUUCUUCAGAUAAUCUUUUAAUUACCAUAAAGCCAAGAUCAGUGCUUGUUUUUACUCCUUAAUAAUUCAACAAGUAGUUCAUGCAGUCACUAAAAGGGGAUUGCACAUUUACAAGCAGAAGUUCAGUGCUCUAGCAGUAUCAUCUGCUGCUGCUUUUUAAAGAAAGCAAACUUAAUUUUUAAAGUGGAAGGAAUGGGGCUCCAUAUGUUUACUUUUUUGUUGGCCCAGACUUCGGUCAUGCGCAAACCCUGCCUGACCUGAAGAAUACACUACAAAAAUAUUCCUUUGCAAAAUCACUGUUUACUCUUAUAAAAAAUGCUUGCUCGUUUAGUGCUAGAGUUUGAGGCCAAAUUAAGGGAAGAAUCAUAGAAUGCUAUUGUAUGAUCUGGAGCUGUGAUUAUUGGCUUGAUUGUGGAUCUAGCAGAGGUUUCAGGUUUCUAAGUGGCUGCACUCAGCUGUACUGUGGGGUUCACCUAGUUAUUUAACUUCCUGGCAAAUGCCUGUAGUGUAUUAAAGUGUGCCACUUAGCACAGGGGUCAGCCUCCUCAAAUAUACCAUGUUCCCUGCAUUUUAACAAACCUUUCAGUGUUUACCUCAGUACAUUGUCCUCUUUGCAUGAAUUUAGGUAGUUCUACUGAGGAACAAGCAAGCUGACGGCUACUUAGUACAGUCCUGCAGCUCAUUCUUGUAUUUCUCCUUUCUAUCAUGUGUACUAAGGUACACAUGAGGUAUGGAAAUGAGAAAGCUGCAGGGAGCUGGAUCAAAGCCCAGCUAGCACACUGGCUGUUCCAUAAUGGGCUGUCAGUGUUACAGGUGUGCCUGUCACAGAAAACAGAGGAGGAUUUGUGGCAUAGUAGGUUCUACCUCUUUAUUAGAUCUUCUGCUAUCUAGAAUUGAGGCAUCCUGUGGUUUAAUUAUUUUGUCAUUAAUAGUUCUGGAGAUUCCUGGUAUCCAUAUAUUUUUUAAUAUGGUUUUAAAGUCCUGUAGCAGAAAGCUGUGAAACUUCAUGAUCUCUUGAGGUGAUUUUGUCUUCAAGCACUGCUUCUGAACUCUCCUCUUGGAAAUCUUCUUCCCCUUCCACUGGAAGCACCCUUUUGUAAGACAACAGAGACCAAGCAAGGACUGGGCAGCAAUUGUGGCAAACUGCAGUUUAAAAAACCACAACGCUUUAUAUUCAUGGCAGGAAAACUAAACGGUAGAAGUUUCACACCGGUCACUGGUCACACUAGGUAUGCCAAAGAGGCAAGUGCCCUCAAAGCUGGGAGGGUGUUUAUGGAACUUAAAAAGGACCAUGUUCUCCUGCAGGGCAACAGGAAACUUCAGUGUGUUCAGGCUUGUUCCAAGGUUUCUUGUGUUGAGAAUGCAUUAAGCUGUGUGGGUCUAUCAGGAUGCAGCUUUUUUAUCAAACUACUUUUUCAUACAUAAAGUGAUUCUAUAAAAUAAAUAUUUAAAUAUGUCAAA